AUGUCAUUUAGGAAAAGAAGUGAAGUAAUUGGCACCCCUUCUGUACCCGGUAGAACUCCUGUGAAUACUCGUCCAAUAAACCCUGUUCCAGGUAGGGCGCCUCCAGGCUCUAUGGUUGGGGCAAGUGGUAGGAUCCCUCCAACCGGUGGCAGGAUUCCCACCUCGAAUAGAACAGCAUCUCCUCAAGAGAAAGAAAAAGAAGAUAUCGCUUCUAUAAUGACAAAUCCAAGUGUCAGGCCCUCACUGAUAACUUCACAGCCAACAGUCUCAACUGGUGGAUCUGAUUUGGACAAGAUUUUAUUACACCAAGGUUUACCUUUAGGUAGUUCGUUAAUUAUAGAAGAAUCGGGAUCCACUGAUUUUGCUUCAGUAAUUUUAAGAUCUUUUUCGUCACAGGGGGUUAUACAUAAUAGAAUUGAGAAAGAUCGCUUACACUCACAUGUCAUAGUUGUGGGUUUAACGUCCCAGUGGGCCAGUGAAUUACCUGGCUUAUACAAAGGUUCGUCAAAAGAACAAAAGAAAGCAAAAAUUUUAGAAAAUGAAUCGAAGGUCAGUGUUAGCAACUUAGCUAUAAAUGGUGGAGCAAGAAACGAAAAGGAUAUGAAAAUCGCUUGGAGGUAUGGUUUGAAUAAAAAACCCGAAACCCAAGAUACCAAUAAUCAAACCACUUAUGAAUUUUAUAAUAAUCAAUUUGAUAUCACCCAAAAGUUAGUACCAGGACCAAGUCAUCAAGAUAUUUCUUUUGUUCCAUUAUCCAAUGACUAUAAUCAAAUAAUUGAACAAAUUAUGACUCUCAUUAAAAAUCAACUCAGGUCGAAUCCUACUAAAAUAAUUAGGCUUGUCAUCCCUAAUAUGUUGAAUCCAUCCAUCUAUAACCCAUCAUGCUCAAACUCAACUUUCAUUCUUCCAUUUGUUCAUUCUUUACGUUCAAUUUUGCGUAAAUAUUCGAACAAUUUGGUCUUGAUUUGCUCGUUACCUUUAGACUUGUAUCCAAGAGACACUCAUUUAACAUUAAUGAUUGAGAGCAUUAUGGAUUCGGUUAUUCAUUUGCAGCCUUUCAACCAAGAGAUGAUGCUGUUGAUCGAAAAAGCUUAUAAAAAUGAACCUUCAAAGAUUCAACAAGGUUUAGUUAAUAUUAUAAAAUUGCCUGUUUUGUCUGAGCGAGGUUUAAUGAUGAUACAUGAUGGAGAGUAUGCGUUUAAGAACGGCAGAAAGAAGUUUGAGAUUGAAGAAUGGGGUAUUCCAGUUGAGGAUGAUUCGAAGGACGAAGCCAAUGCUCAGACUACAAAAAAUAUCGAAUUUUAG